UCCUAUUUGCGCUCCAUCCUUCCUCAGAGCGACCCAUCAACUCCGCCAAACUGUUGAGCACGACUCACUGUCAGACUGUAUCAUAGUUGCACUGCUGUGAAAUAGGAUUAUCUAUUUUAUUCAGUUCAUUGUGUUUUUGGCUCAGCAUUUUCUAACAUUGUCCAGUGGAAUAGACAAAUAUCGUCAGUGUGCAUGAAGAGGUGAUGAACGGAUAGCAUUGGAUUACUUUCUGGAGUGAACUUUGCGUAUUGCGUGUUCAUGCGGGGACAAUCCAUCUCUAUUGUCGACGAUGGCAAAGGCAUUCUCCGUCAUUACUCUAUAUGUCGUGGCCAUUCUUCUGGGAGCCAGCCGGAUGAUUGCAUUAGAACUCCGGUUCAUGCCUGACCCCCCAACACUGAGCAUCCAGGAGAAAGUCCUCAGGAUCAACACCUCAGACACACUGGCGAUCACCUGCAGUGGCCGUCAGAACCUGGAAUGGACCACAUCAUAUAAUCGCAGCCGUGCUGGCAGUCGACUCUCCAUAGUAGACUGCAGUGGGUCAGGAUUCUUCUGCAUCAAAUUACACAUUUCCUCGGCCACCGUCAAUGAGACUGGGAAGUAUCAGUGCUCCUACAGAGACCUGGCGGUGGAGGAUAGAAAAACCUCUGUGGCCGUUUAUGUCUAUGUCCAAGACUAUAAAGUGCCAUUUGUGCCCUCUGACAAGGACUAUGACGUUGUGUUCAUCAGUGAGGGAGUGCAGGUGGUCAUCCCAUGCCGAGGGUCCGUGGAAAAUCUCAAUGUCACGCUACAUACCAAGUAUCCCACGAAAGAACUUAAUCCGAACGGCAAGGACAUUUUUUGGGAUAGCAUGAAGGGUGUCUCAGUCCCCAGUCACCUGAUCAGCUACGCUGGACUGGUCUUCUGUCAGACACGCAUACACAAUGAGACCUACAAGUCACCUCUCUACAUUGUUACAGUUGUUGGAUAUAAGAUCCAUGACCUUACCCUGACCCCGGCACAUGAGAGGCUGUCUGUGGGGGAAAAAUUGGUGCUAAACUGCACUGCCUACACAGAGCUCAGCGUGGCCAUCGAAUUCACCUGGACACACCCUAUCAGCCUGGCCCCAGUGAAUGGCUCUGGUCGGACCUACACCACGUCACACAAGAAGAAGCUGUGGAACUCUCUGGAACUGUCCAACACACUCACAGUGGAGAACGUGACCGGCAACUACACAGGAAAGUAUACCUGCACAGCCUCCAGUGGAAAAAUGGUCAAAACUGCAUCUGCAUCUCUUGUGGUCUUUGAAAAGCCUUUUAUUGAUUUUGAUGACCACAAGUGGGUUAAGGUUCUGGGGGUGAACGCUAGUGCCCAGAACAUUAAGAUCCCAGUCAAGUUCGACGCCUACCCAGAACCUACAGUCAGAUGGUAUAAGAAUGACCAGCCUAUUUACAAGGAUGACUAUAGAUUUAAACCUACCAGGGACUCGCUCAUGAUCCUUGGCCUAGCUGAAAAGGAUGCUGGGAAUUACACCGUGGUCUUGACCAAUAAGAUAACAAAAGAAGAGCAGAGACGCUCCGUCCAGCUCUUGGUCAAUGUCCCUCCCCAUAUCAUUGAGAAGGAGGUUGCUGUGGACACUGAUGUUCACAUGUACGGCAGCAGCCCCACCCUCAGGUGCACUGCCCGUGGAAUCCCCACCCCUACACGCAUCCAAUGGCAGUGGAUGUCCAGAGAGGACUGCCCACUCCUCUUUCAGUCGGGAGUGGCGAGCUUUGGGGUCAAGAUGGAGGACUGUACCAAAUGGAGGGACAUCAGCAAUACCACAGGGCAGAAUCCUAUCGCCCGAAUUAGCAGUGACACAGAUCACGUACACAAGACUGUGAGUUCUCUGAAGAUCCAGAAAGCCAAGGUCCACGCCCUCUACAAAUGCCUGACUUCUAACAAAGCGGGACAAGAUUCACGCAUUAUCGUCUUCCAUGUGACACGUGGUCUGGAGCUGAGUGUGUCUCCGUCCCGUGAGCCCAUUGAGCAGGACCAGGUGGUUCUGAGGUGUAAGGCAGACAGGCUGAUCUAUGGAAAUUUGGCCUGGUUCCGUGUGGAAAAUGAGUUUGACACAGAGCAGGUCCCUGCUGUCCAGUCCUGUCGGGGCCUGUCCCUAUCCCAGCAGCCCUUGUCCCAGGCUGUCCUCUCUGGGCUGCAGGGCACCAACGUUACCCUGGAGCUGCCCCUGACCAAUGUGUCUCGGAGGGACCAGGGGGUGUACGCCUGCCAGGUGGAGAACAUCAAGACUGGGGAGAGGACAUGUCUCCUCCGACACCUCACCCUCAGAGCACUUGAGGCCGCGAGGAUCCUGAACAAUUUGACAGACCAGAGAGUGAACGUCAGUGCGACGACCAUGCUAAUAUGUGAGGUGACCGGUACACCCACCCCAACCGUGAUGUGGACCAAACACAACCAAACAGUGGUGGAGGGCUCUGGUGUGAUUCUGAGCCGAUUGAACCAGACCCUGACCAUCCUGCGUGUGAAGGAGGAGGACGGUGGUCUGUAUACCUGUACUGCCUGUAACAGCCGGGGCUGCGACACAUCUCAGAGCAACCUUAUCACUGAAGGUGCAGAGGAGAAGACUAAUGUAGAGCUGAUUGUUCCUAUUGGCUCUGUGGUCAUCGCCAUGUUCUUCUGGCUUCUCAUCGUCUUCGUCAUCCGCAGCAGGAAAAGAACAAAUAAUGGGGACAUGAAGACAGGGUACCUGUCCAUCAUCCUUGACUCUGAGGACAUGCCCAUGGACGAGCACUGUGAGAGGCUCACAUACGACGCCAACAAGUGGGAGUUCCCUCGUGACAGGCUGAAACUAGGUGACCAAUUGGGGCGUGGAGCUUUUGGACAGGUAGUAGAGGCAGCAGCCUUUGGCAUAGAGAAAGCCACUACCUGUACUACAGUGGCAGUCAAGAUGCUGAAAGAGGGAGCCACAUCCAGUGAGUACCGUGCACUGAUGUCAGAGCUGAAGAUCCUCAUCCACAUCGGCCACCAUCUCAAUGUGGUCAACCUGCUGGGGGCCUGCACCAAACCAGGGAGUCCAUUGAUGGUGAUUGUGGAGUACUGUAAACACGGCAACCUCUCCAGCUAUUUAAAGAGCAAGCGUGGAGAGUACAGCCCCUUCAAGAGGAGGCGGCCUCGGUCAGGUCAGUGGGAGCGGAUGGAGGAGGACGUGACUGAAGGGGACCUGGGUUUGGGGACCAGCACCCACUUGGACAUUUGCACUGGGACAGCAGUCUGCUCCAGACCUGGAGAGGAGAGCUCUGUUAGCCACGUAGAGGAGGAGGAUGAGAGUUGUGAGUGGGAGGAGCACCUGACAAUGGAGGACCUGAUCAGCUAUAGCUUCCAGGUGGCCAAGGGCAUGGAGUUCCUAUCCUCUCGCAAGUGCAUCCAUCGGGACCUAGCAGCUAGGAACAUCUUGCUCUCAGAAAACAACAUUGUGAAGAUCUGUGACUUUGGUCUGGCCAGAGACGUCUACAAAGACCCCGACUACGUCCGCAAGGGAGACGCGCGGCUCCCUCUGAAAUGGAUGGCUCCUGAGACCAUCUUCGACCGGGUCUAUACCACACAGAGCGACGUGUGGUCCUUUGGCAUUCUGCUCUGGGAGAUCUUCUCUCUGGGGGCAUCUCCAUACCCUGGUGUUGGCAUUGAUGAGGCCUUCUGCAGGAGGCUGAAGGAAGGGACCAGGAUGAGAGCACCAGACUACGCCACCACUGAGAUAUAUCAAACCAUGUUGGACUGCUGGCUGGACAAACCUACCGACAGACCAAAUUUCACUGAGCUCGUAGAACAUCUGGGGAACCUGCUACAGGCCAGCGCUCAUCAGGAUGGGAAGGACUACAUCCCUUUGACAGCAGUGGAGGUGGAGGGGGGCUCACUCAGCCCUGAACCCAGGAACCCCUUCACCAGGAUCAUCAGAGAGGAAACCCAUGUCCCCCAGAUUCACUGUGACAACACACCCGCCAUCUCCCUCGGGCUCUCCCAGCAGAGUGACAGGUGCAGUCGACCACUCAGUGUGAAGACUUUUGAUGACGUCCCUGUGGGGCAUAGCAGCGUCAUGGAGGGUCAGACGGACAGCGGUAUGUGCCUAUCACCAGAGGAGAUGAAGAGUCUGGACCAUCAGCGUCACCGCACGUCCAACUUCAGUCACAUCCAGCGAUGUAAGAGUAAGGAGUCUCUGGCCUCCGAGUCGUCCAAUCAGACGAGUGGGUACCAGUCAGGCUACCACUCAGACGACACUGACGCACCCAUUUAUGCUAAUGAGGAGAUGAUCAUGAAGAGAAGCAUUGUGAAGAAGCCACUGCCGCCCAAAACAGCAGACAAGUUCAGUGUUGAGGUGCGCUACAGUACACCCCCUGUUUAGCCCCUAAUGGUCAACACCAUCAUCACUAGCACUGUUCCCCUAAAUGCCCACAAAAUAUAGUCCUCUCCUUGAGCCUGUUUUUGCAGCACACCCUCAGGAACAAUGUCAUCACAUGUAGUAGUGGCUUAUCCAUUGCAUUGUUUAUUCAGUCAAAGUAUUUUGUUAUGAGAUAAAUGUAAUAUAUUCAAUGGGAUUGAUGAAAGUUGUAUGAGAUAAUUCGUCAUUGUAAAGACCACUGUUUUUAGCAAACCCUUGGAAUGCAAUCAUGUUUACACAGUAGAUGGAAGGUCAGGGGAGCCACAGGGACACACCUAGUUCCUGAGAAGCAAUCCACCCACUUCCUCUAUUGCAGGAAAUGGCAACUGGAAUUUGACAAUUGAAUUAGCAAAUGUUUUCAUUCUUUUUUUCUUUCUUUUUCUGUCAAUUGUGUUUUCUUGGAAAAAUCCAGUCUACAUCUCACACAAGUGGUUUUAUCAAAUGCAACACAUUAAAAUCUUUUGUACGGUCAAGUUUCUAUCAGAUGUUUAGCUUUUUCUAGAUUGUUCUUGCCUCUCAAUUGUACAGUUUAUCACAAUGACUUUUGUCUUUGUUAUAAUAACUUACCUUAUUUGAUUGAAGCCGAUAUCUACUGUACUAAACUUGUAAUAAAUGUAACUAGUUUUAUAAAAUAAAUAUAUACUUGUAGAAA